GCAAGUGUCCGUGGAGUCCUUCCUGAGAUAAUAUUUUCUAAGCCAAGCGAAGCCAUAGAAGUUCCGUUUUCGGAUUGGUAAAUUGUAUUUCUAUGGGCAUAUAGUUUAUAUCUUAUUGUAUAAACACACAGGUAUUCGUGAAUAAAGAAGGGUUGAUGUCGCUAUUCAUUUCUUCCGCCCUCAAAUUUGCCAUAUUUGCCAAGUAAAAAUAAUCUCGUCGAUCCCGCCGCGCGAGAUCUCCGACGCAUCAUCGGCUAGUUGAGGUGGCUCAAAAAAAUUAUUGUUUAUUCUUUUUAAUAAUUUCACUUUUUUCUCGCCAAGAUGAUAAAACUCACAAUGAUUGCACGUGUAACUGAUGGGCUUCCAUUGGCCGAAGGGUUAGAUGAUGGCCGGGAUCAGAAAGAUUCAGAUUUCUAUAAACAGCAAGCAAAGCUUUUGUUCAAGAACUUGUCAAGAGGGCACAAUGAGGCUUCAAGAAUGUCAAUCGAAACUGGUCCUAACUUCUUCCACUAUAUAAUCGAGGGUCGUGUUUGCUAUCUUACAAUGUGUGAUCGCUCAUAUCCAAGGAAGCUGAUUUUCCAAUAUUUGGAGGAUCUUAAAAAUGAGUUCGAAAGAGUCAAUGGGGAUCAGAUUGAAACUGCAGCAAGGCCAUAUGCUUUCAUUAAAUUUGGUAUGUCUGUUUACAUGGCAAGUUUUCAUUCAUUGCUCGAGCUGUUCUGUAUUCAUUUCAUUUUAUUUUAUUUUAUUCUAUUUUUCUUUUCUCAUGAAGAUACUUUCAUACAAAAGACUAAGAAACUAUACCAGGACACCCAUACUCAGCGAAACCUUGCAAAGUUAAAUGAUGAGCUCUAUGAAGUCCACCAGAUAAUGACUCGCAAUGUUCAGGAGGUUCUUGGUGUUGGUCAAAAGUUAGACCAGGUCAGUGAAAUGUCAAGCAGGUUGACAUCUGAAACUCGUAUAUAUGCGGACAAGGCAAAAGACCUAAAUCGCCAGGCUUUGAUUCGCAAGUGGGCUCCUGUUGCUAUCGUCAUUGGGGUGGUGCUGUUGCUUUUCUGGGUUAAAAGCAAGAUCUGGUGAUAAAUCAUGGUUCUUAUCCUCGUGGCGGCUCAUUCAUUCUUUCCAAAAUUUUCAUUUUCCAGAUUAUCGAGGAUAAAACUGCUUACAGGCUUUGAAAAAAUACUGGAAAGGCAUGGAAUUUGUGGGUAGAGUGCAGAUUUCAAUGGUUAUUUAUGGUUAACUGUGCACCACACUUGCUUCAACCUUGGGCUAUGAGGAUAACACAGGUUGGGCAACUAUAGUAUUUAGCUAUGGGUGUUUCAGACAUCUAUUAAUUUAAUUUAAUGAGGUCGAUUCUUGCUUUAUCAACUAUAUCUUUAUGGAUUCCUUCUAUCAAUGCAUUAGACCCAACUUUUUAACAUUACUAACCAUAUUGUGUUGUACAAUUAAGAUUGUCAUUCAUUCGGCUUGAUAAUUAGAUAGAGUUUUAU